GCACAAUACAACAAAGCACCUUGCAAUUAGUCAUGAAAUUGAUAAAAUGUUCCCAAUAAUGACAAAAUCGGAUAUUAGCAACUUGCGUCGACACUAGGAUUAUGUGAGCGUUAUUGGAAACAAACAAUAGGUAGAGUGCGGCUGUUUUAUUUAUAGUGGUAUGGAAAACUUGAAGAUUAGUUUGAAUGAGAGCUUCAAGGUGAAUAUCUCGAACACUACAAAUAUGUUUUUAUCUACGCCUUCUAUUUCCACGGUGAUCGCUAUGUUUGUGUGUGGAAUGUUUGGAAACUUAAUGGCAAUUUUUGUUUUAGUGAGGACAUCGAAGCGCCAUAAAUGGAAGAAUUUCUAUCGCCUUGUGGGAGCUCUGGCCAUAACAGAUCUUUUCGGGAUUUUAGCAUCUACCCCUCUUGUUCUUGUUAACUACCAUAACAAUUUUCAUUGGGUUGGAGGGCAACCGACUUGUGACUAUUUCUCCUUUGUCUUGAUCUUUGCUGGUUUGACUACGAUUUUUUUAAUUUCGUUCAUGUCGCUAGAAAGAUUUCUUGCCGUGUGUUUGCCGUAUUUCUACAAACGUUCCAUCACCAAAGAAAGGGUGAACAUUGCCAUUGUGUUGCUCUACCUUAUAUCUACCACAAUGGCUGUAAUGCCUAUUCUAGGAUUCGGUGAAAAUGUUAACCAUUUUCCUGGUUCUUGGUGUUUUUUCGACUUCUUUGGACAAUCAUUACUGCAGAACAUCUACUCCUAUUUCUACGCCUCUACAGGGCUGCUUUUGAUUUCCUUGACUGCUGUAUUUAAUGUGAUUUUGAUAGUGACCCUUGCACGUGAAAUUCGACGAAAAGAAUUACAAGACAGAAACAGUAGCAUUCACAGUACAUGUUCCAGAAGGCGGAAACGAAAUGAUAUCUACUUGAUGGUUUUUCUCACAGCUAUUUUGAUUGUUUUUGGAAUAUUUUAUUCCCCAUUAAUGGUAAGAGUUGUUUUAAAUCAGUCAGGAUGGACUUCCUUAUGUGAAUCUUGUGAUCUUCUUGCCAUUAGGUUGGCAUCGUUCAAUCAAAUUUUGGAUCCAUGGGUAUAUAUUUUACUGCGAAGGGAAAACAUCAUAUGUUUUGUGAAACGCACAAGAAGAUUUAAGUUAACAUUCAUGCGUAGUUUGUCCAGCAUUCACAGCUACGGAAGUGAAAGAAUGGCAAUCAUCAGAAGAAGCUUACGUCACCGGAAGUCAUCACACAAAGCAACUAAUGAGAAUGAGGUGGAAGUUAAUGAUAACUUGAUGUCCAAAUAUAAUUUUCACGAAACAGACCAAGAACAAAAUGUGAAAGAUGUAGAUUAUCAUUGCCAAUUAUACAAUAAACUAGAGCAAAUCUCGUUGCAAAGCAACGAGAGGUCUUCCAUCGGAGCUGUGUGACAUAAAAACCUUGAACUACCUGUUACCAAUAUUUUAUCAUACAACAAAAUUAUGAUAGCAUAAUAUUCAGACUGAAGAGAAUAAUUCAUCGAAUUAUUUAUACAUACAAAUCAAAUAAAUUGCUCUCAAAUCUUGAA